GAACUCAACUCAUUCACAAUGGACGCCGCCCUCCUGUUCCGUGCAAUAAUACUCGUCGGUAGCUACGCUCUCGUAUUCGGACGCGGAAACUUGGAUUGUGUCAACCCAACAUGUGCUACCGUCGCCGAUCGGGCUACUUUGUGGCCAUUCAGUGAUCCAAACUUUUUCCUACGCUGCGAAGAACCGGGUUGGAAUCUGGUGCGCAGACCCUGCAUCGCACAGCGGCUUUUCCACUUCGUCCGCCAAGAGUGCGUUGAACCUUCGGAAUGGGAAGAGCCCUGCCCGGACGAGAGACCAGACUUGCCGCAGUGUCCACAAGUGGUUUGCCGAACUGUACAGGAUCAAAGAAAGCUAUGGCCCCACGAGGACGCCAACCACUUCCUGCAGUGCAUUCCUCGACCCAAUGGUGGUAUGCAAGCUGUGAGAAGGAACUGUCCAAAUGAUUCUUUAUUCAGUUGGAAUCUACAGCAAUGCGUGCCAUCCAGCUCGUGGCGAAUGGAUUGUACGUUCGAUGAUGACCAAAGUACUACGGUGGAAGAUGAAACAGAAACAACCGCAACACCGGAGACAACAACACCAUUAACUACUACAACGACAGUACCUGAUAGAGGUAUAUGUCCAGUACCCAUAUGUCGCAUCCAGGACCCAAGACUCUACCCGCACAGCGACUGGACUAUGUACUAUCAAUGUGUUCCCCAACAGGACGGUAGUUGGGCACCACUGGAACGACCCUGUGCUCCUGGCACACGCUUUCACUAUGGAUUCCAGGUCUGUGUGUGGCCCGCACAGUGGGAAGACUUUUGCCUUUAGUCAGACAUUUUAUUGAAUUUUUUUCGUCAACUAAUAAACCAAUAAAAUAUUUAUUUUUGGAGUACA